GGACAGGAUCCACACAGGAGACAGGCCUUAUAAGUGUGUUCAUCCAGGCUGUGAGAAAUCCUUCACACAACUCUCCAACCUACAGUCCCACAGACGGCAGCACAACAAGGACAAACCCUUCAAGUGCACCAAUUGUAACCGUGGUUACACGGACGCGGCCAGUCUGGAAGUCCACAUGUCCACUCACACGGUCAAACACGCCAAGCUCUACUCCUGUGGCCUCUGCAACCGCACAUACACCUCUGAGACGUACCUGGUGAAACACAUGCAGAAACACAACUCAGACCCACUCACUGCAGCGGCGGUCACUGCUGCACAGCAUUCUCAGCAGAACCAAAGCCAUACCCAGAACCAGGGAAGUUCUCAUGGCCAAGGCCGAGGAGAGGGCACCAAUAGUGGGGCAGGCCGAGCCGGAGGACAAGGUGGAGAUCAUGGACAAGGACAAAACCAGGGUAGCUACUCUCAGGCAGAGACGGCAUCCUGCCCCUUUGACCUGCACCAGUAUAAGACAGUCGCUGCAGGGGACAUCCAGUUCAAAACAGUCAGUGUGGCGGACCUAGCGACCCACAAGGACCUCUGUCUCACCGUGGCUACCUCCACCAUUCAGGUGGAGCACCUAAACUCAUAGGGGUGGGAGGGAAGAGUGGUAGAGACUGAGAGAAACUGGAGGAGGCCUAUGGACAGACUGGAUAAAAGCAAUACAGAGGGGAUAUAGGAAGAUGUGCCUGAAAGGUGGGUAAUGGAAGAGGAAGUUCAGAGAUGUUUGAACAGAGAUGGACUUUUUGUACUCGUUUCUCACUUUUAUUUCAUUUUACCAAUGUUGAGUUUGUGUGUUUUUGUACUCUUUUAUAAUGAAUGGCUAGUGUAUACUGUUGGUAAAGGAGUGUUUCUCUGUCCAUCACUGCAAUGGUGUGGAAGAGAGACAAAAAAUGACUGAAAGAGAACAAUGAGUGAAGAGAUGUUUUCUCUUUUUUUUUUAUCCUUCUACUCCAUACAAACACAACUUUGAUUGUGGUCACGUCUGUGAAGUGUAUAACUGAAACUAACAGAAUUGUUAAGGUACAUUUUUCUACUUUCCCACAGAUACUAUCAGGUUUGGAUUACAUCAUCAUUGUCAUGAUGGUUACUGUAAUCUACCUUGUAAAAUGUGCUCACAAAUCCUUUUCACUGAGAAGAAAAAGGGAAGUAGGAUCUGCAAAAGUAUAUAUUGAUAUACAUACCUGUGUGUGUGUAUUAAAAAUAAAUGUAUAAUCUAUACUAUAUAACACUUUGAUAUUUAGCCUCAGUCCAGAAGCCAAUCAUAGAGCCAUGUUUACCUCACAUGACCCUGUAAGAACUGGGAAGUGAAUGUGAUCAGCUGGUACUUGUUCUAUGUAAUCCUUGUCAUAUUUAUUUUUUGUGUCCUAAGAAUAUCAUUGUUAUCCAAAUAUAUUCUGACUAUACUUCCACUACUGUUAUACUAAAGUGUAUGAGCCUUUACAAACAGACUGAUCCCUAUGAAAAUAGUGUUUUCCCUUUUCAAACAAUAAAAACCUCACUGAAAUCCAA